GAUAUGGAUGUCCCUCUAGGAUACGUGUUGACAGAGGAGGAGAAAACAAUAAUAUAUGCAACUUCAUGGAAGAAAAAAGAGGGCCUGAUAGAGGAAGUGCCAUACGUGGAAGGACAGUCCACAAUCAACGGAUUGAAAGAUCCUGGGUGGAUUUGUGGAAUGGAGUUACACAUGUUUUCUAUGACAUAUUCUAUUACUUUGAAAGUAGAGGUGACCUUAUUGUGGAUGACAAUGGACAAUGACUGCAAAUGGUCAUUACAGUAUGUAUAUAUUCCAAGGAUAAACAAGACGAUUGAAGAAUUUAUUGCGCAGUGGAAUAACCAGGGCCUCCGCACAGAACAUAUGGCAACACCCACCCAACUUUUUAUUCAAGGAGCUCUGGCACAAGCGAAUUCUAACUUAGUUGCCAUGCGGGAUAUUUUUGCUCCGUCUACUGUAAGAUCAGAUCUUGAGUCAGAAGUUGAGAGAAUAGAUGAAGACCAACCUCAUGUAGUCGUCCCAGACAUUGGAUGCCCAAUAUCUCCUGAAAAUUUUAGAUCCUUCCAAAACCUUGUUGACCCACUUGCAACCACUGAUGACUUUGGACUAUCUUUAUUUCUUCAAACAUUACAGUUUGUAAGAGAUCACAUUUAAUUGCCCCCAAAGGAUCAGGAAAUGAAUCCAGUGAUAUCAACCUAGAACAUAUCAAAAAUUGUAAUGUCUGGACAUUCGAAAUACUGGCAGUUUCUGCUUGUAAACUUUAAUCUGCUAGAGAUUUCGUCGUUGAGAAAUUAUAUUGAACAUCCAGACUUUUUUUAAAUAAUUUUAUUUCAAUUUCAUACCAUAUCAUACAAAGAAUAUCAUAUUGUAAAAAUUCAACAAGGUUAAUCAAUUUAACAUUGAAUUUAACGUUGAAUUGUAAAUACAACAAAUUCUAGUAUACAAAUCAAAUACAAUUUUUUACAAUCAUUCAUUACUGUUCAAACAAAGGCAAAAAAUAUAAUCAGGCUGGUAUUAGAUAUUUCACAAAAAA